AUGAAACUAUUCCCGGCGGCCGGACCCUUGGAGUUUGUCGCAAUGGACCUCCUGGGUCCGUUGCCGAAGACCGCACAUGGGAAUCAGUUCGUCCUUGUGAUUACCGACCGGUUCUCUAGGCUCACGCGCAGCAUCGCGCUUCGUACGACAACCACAGCCGUGGUGACUAACGCGUUCCUGGAAAACUGGGUGUACGUCUACGGAGCACCACAGUACGUCCUUACCGAUAACGGUCCGCAAUUUGCGGCAAAGUUCUUCGACGCCGUGUGCGCAUUGCUAGGCAUACAUCACUAUUUGACGACAGCCUACCACCCGCAAACUAACGGUCAGACCGAACGGUUUAAUAAGACCAUCGUGCAGAGGCUCCGACAUUAUGUCGAGGAGCACCAGCGAGACUGGGACGAGUUCCUCCAGCCUCUGGCGUAUGCUUAUAACAUACAAGUCCACCGGUCAACGGAGACUACUCCGUUUGACCUGGUGUUGACAAGACAACCGUCUGGAUUAACCGUCGCGGGUACAGCGCCUCAGGCUGCGGGAGUCGCCCAUGACGACCCACGUACUCCCGUACAGUACAAGCGGGCGACUCUUCGCAAGCUACGGGAUGUCCUCGACCGUGCGCGGGUAAAGAUGACCGCGGCCCAAAAGCGGUAUAAGGAGAACUUCGAUAAGAAAGUCCGAUUCCGACCGGUAAUACAGGAGGGCGACCAAGUCUACGUGGAUCGCCCUCCCCCAGCCCUCCGAGCGGCUGAACGACGUGGCCGUGACGGACAGGGGCUUGGGACGGACGACAUGUCCGUCAAGCUUUUACCGAAGACGGAAGGACCCUUUCGGGUCCGCAAAGCCACGGACACGACCGUUACUGUGGAGCAAGACAGGCUUCCCGUACCAGUCAGUAUUGACCGCGUCACGCGGAUGCCAAGGGGCCUGGGGGACCGGACCAUGCCUACAGAAGGCAUAAGUGCCCCUUCCGAACGGAUUAACCCUCCCCAUGGGGACGGUGCUAAUACCCCCGAGGAGUUCGUCGUCGAGCUUCUCGUAGCGCAUCGCGACAUCCCUACCGGCUUGGAAUACAAAGUGAGGUGGUAUGGCUACAUCCCCGCGGAUGAUACAUUCUAA